AUGCCCCUCUCCAUCGAGGAACUGGACAACCAAGUCCGCACCUUCUAUGAAGGUCGCGGCGAGACGCAAGCUCAAGCCCAAACUGUCUUAAACCAGUUCAAAGAAGAUCCCGAUGCCUGGUUGAUGGUCGACGAGAUCCUCCAGAAGGCCACUUACGAGCAGACAAAGUACUUGGGGUUACAGGUCCUCGACAAUGUGAUUAUGACGAGGUGGAAGGUGCUCCCCCGCGAGCAGUGUCAUGGUAUCCGUAACUUCGUCGUCCAGUAUAUCCUCCAAUGUUCGAGUUCCGAAGAGCUUCUCAAGGCCCACCGUGUCUUGCUCAACAAGCUCAACCUUGUUCUCGUCUCCGUCCUCAAGCAAGAGUGGCCUCACAACUGGCCUACCUUCAUCAACGAGAUUAUCUCCGCCUCCCGUUCGAGCCUUUCGAUCUGCGAGAACAACAUGAUCAUCCUGCGCCUCCUCUCCGAAGAGGUCUUCGACUAUUCCGCCGAACAGAUGACGUCGACCAAGACACGGAACCUCAAGACUACCAUGUGCGCCGAGUUCUCGCAGAUUUUCCAGCUUUGCCAGGAGGUCCUCAACUCCGCCAACCAGCCCAGCCUUAUCAAGGCCACCCUCGAGACUUUGUUGCGCUUCUGCAACUGGAUCCCUCUCGGAGGUCCUACGGGCCAACAACCCAACUAUGGCGAGGCCCUCAUCAAGAUGUUCACCGAGGUUUUGACGACCAUCUCCAACAUUAUUCCUCUCAGCAUGGACUUGAAGGCGACCUAUCCUGCCAGCAAUUCUCGCGACCAGGAAUUCAUCCAGAACUUGGCGCUGUUCCUUUGCAACUUCUUCGGCAUGCACCUGCCCCUUAUCGAAAACCUGCCGAACCGUGACUUCCUCACACACGGCCACUACUACCUAAUUAGAAUUUCGCAAAUUGAGGACCGCGAAAUCUUCAAGAUCUGUCUCGACUACUGGCUCAAGCUUGUCCAGGAGCUCUAUGAGGAGAUGCAGGCCUUGCCCCUGUCCGACAUGAACCCUCUUCUUAGUGGUGGUCUGCAGACCAGCGGCGCCCCGAACCCGGCCCUGCUCAACAACUACCCUCUCCGCAAGCACAAGUACAACGAGAUUCUUUCCAACUUGCGUGUCGUCAUGAUUGAGAAGAUGGUGCGCCCCGAAGAAGUCCUCAUUGUCGAGAACGACGAGGGCGAGAUUGUCCGCGAGUUCGUUAAGGAAACCGACACUGUCCAGCUUUACAAGACCAUCCGCGAGUGUCUCGUUUAUCUCACACAUUUGGACGUGGUCGAUACCGAGCAGAUCAUGACUGACAAGCUCGCACGCCAAGUCGAUGGAUCCGAAUGGUCAUGGCAUAACUGCAACGUUCUCUGCUGGGCCAUCGGUUCUAUCUCUCUCGCCAUGAACGAAGAGACGGAGAAGAGGUUCCUCGUUACCGUUAUUAAGGAUCUUCUAGGACUUACCGAGAUGAAGCGGGGCAAGGACAACAAGGCUGUUGUCGCCAGUAACAUCAUGUACAUUGUCGGCCAGUAUCCCCGCUUCCUUAAGGCGCACUGGUUCAUGCACGAGUCUCAUGAGGGUGUCCAGGACAUGGCCUGCGAUACCUUCAUCAAAAUUGCCAAGUCCUGCAGACGCCACUUUGUUGCGCUCCAGCCUAGCGAGUCUCAGCCGUUCAUUGAGGAGAUCAUCAGGGACCUUGGCAAGAUUACUUGUGACUUGACUCCUCAACAGGUUCAUACUUUCUACGAGGCUUGUGGCUACAUGGUAGCUGCUCAAGGCAACAGGCAUCAGCAGGAGAGGCUCCUUUCCGAGCUUAUGCAGAUUCCCAACAUGGCGUGGCAGGAGAUCAUUAGGCAGGCUAGUCUCAACCCUAACAUCCUCCAAGAUGCCGACACCAUCAAGGUUAUCGGCAACAUCAUGAAGACCAACGUCUCUGCCUGCUCAUCUAUUGGUACUUAUUUCUUCCCCCAGAUCGGCAACCUGUAUAGCGACAUGCUUCAGAUGUAUGCUGCCACCAGUCAGCUGAUUUCGGAGGCUGUUGCUCGCGAGGGUGAGAUUGCUACCAAGAUGCCAAAGGUCCGCGGUCUCCGGACCAUCAAGAAGGAGAUUCUCAAGCUCAUUGAGACCUAUGUCGACAAGGCUGAGGACCUCCAGGCCGUGCGGGAGCAGAUGGUGCCUCCUCUCUUGGAUUCCGUGCUUGUUGACUACAACCGCAACGUCCCUGGAGCUCGUGACGCCGAGGUUUUGAGGGCCAUGACCGCUAUGAUCACCAAGCUCUCGGCUUUGAUGGAGGACCAGGUGCCGAUCAUCAUGGAGAAUGUCUUCGAGUGCACGCUGGACAUGAUCAACAAGAACUUCUCCGAAUACCCCGAGCACCGUGUUGAGUUCUUUAACCUCCUCCGCGCUAUCAACCUUCACUGCUUCCCUGCACUUUUGAAGCUUGAUAAUCGUCAGUUCAAGUUCGUUAUAGACUCUUGCAUGUGGGCUAGCAAGCACGACAACCGCGAUGUCGAGACUGCGGGCCUUAACAUGUGCCUGGAGCUUGUCAACAACAUUGCCGAGAAGACCGACGUCCAAACCUCCAACGCUUUCUUCAACCAAUUCUUCGUCAGCAUCCUGCAGGAUGUGUUCUUCGUUCUUACCGACCAGGACCACAAGGCUGGAUUUAAGACCCAGUCCAUGCUGCUCAUGCGCAUGUUCUACUUUGUCCACCCCGCUGAUGGCUCCCCCCCAAGGAUCCAGGGCCCCAUCUACCAGCCCGAUCAGGCCCAGCCCGGUACUGGCAACAAAGAGUUCCUGACCAUGUUCGUUGGCAACUUGCUGCAGAACGCUUUUGCCAACCUUACUCCUGCCCAGAUUACCUCGUUUGUUGAGGGACUCUUCACCCUUAAUACCCAGUACGACAAGUUCCGCCUCGCGCUGCGUGACUUCCUCAUCUCCCUUAGGGAGUUCGCCGGUGACAAUGCCGAGCUCUACCUCCUGGAGAAGGAGCAGCAAGAGACGGCGGCCAAGGCGGCGGAUAUCGAGAGGAGAUCCAAGGUUAGCGGUUUGCUGAAGCCCAGCGAGCUCGAGGACGAUGAGCUGUGA